AUGGUAAAACUGGGGAAUAAUAAAACCAUUCGAGUUACGGGUUUCUACGGGCAUGCGAAUUCGAGCCUUAGAAGAAGCUCUUGGGAUAUUCUGCGGAGGGUUGGAGAAUCGGUUGGGGAGGAGUGGGUGGUUGGGGGAGAUUUUAAUGCUAUACUGAAUGAACUGAGAAAGAAGGAGGUCGAAGUUGAUAUAAAGCCUGAUAGUGGAUGCUUUACAUGGAUAAACAAUAGGAAUAAGGGGAGGCUGAUAAAAGAGAGACUUGACAGAUUACUCACCUCAGUGGCAGUGGUUGAAAACUUUCCGUUUAUUGCUUCUAAAGUGAAACCGAUAGAUUACCCAAAAGACAAGAGAUUGUGCUUCAGGUUUGAUGUUUGUUGGGUUGGUGACGAGGAAGCAAAAAAGGUUAUUGAAAGAGCUUGGACCAGGGAGGGUACAAACUAUAACGAUAAGACGGAUAGAGUUAGGUCGUCCAUUGGUCCCUGGCAAUGUAAGAAAUAUGGAAAAAUGAAGAGCGAAGUGUGGAAAUUGGAGAAACAGAUUGAGCUGAUCAUUGAUUCUGCCAACAGAGAGGAUAGCGCGAAAACGCUAAAGGAAGCUCGCAGAAGGUUUAAUUUUCUAUACGCUAGGGAAGAGAGCUACUGGGCUCAAAGGUCUAGGUCAAGAUGGCUUAGGGAGGGAGAUCGUAACACUAAGUACUUCCAUGCUAAAGCUACUGGUCGUUUAAAGAAGAAUAACAUUGUGAAGAUUAAAGAUGCGGCAGGAAAUUGGGUGACAAAUAGUAAUGACAUAUGUAAGGUUGCUAAAGAUCAUUUUGUGAGCUUGUUUCAGUCAAAUGGUCAAAAUGCUAAUAUCCAAGAGAUAGGCCAUAUAAAGUAG